GUCAGGCUCAAGGGGAAGCCAGCAGCCAGCGCCCCCCCGGCUGCUCCCUUAUUACCAGCUACAUGCGGAGCUUAACCGGGUUUGGAAACCAUGGGGAAGAAUAAAGGAAGCUGGAGAAAAUUUUUCUGCUGUGCUGGCCCACCAGAAACUCAGUCUUCAACAUGCCUUAAUAUCAGUGAGUCUCAUCCCUUCAAGCCUUUCUCAGAGCCAGACCCAGAAGAGGACCAGGAAGAAGACUUUUAUAUUGAAAGUGAGGUACAGACUUCUAAAAUGGAAAUACCAGAAGGAAAUAGAUGGCGGUGGUCACGGUUGCACAGAGAAGUUGAGUUGCAAACCUCUGGAAGUGGGUUACCAACUCCUGAGAUAGAGUCAUCAUCUGAAGCUGAUAUUCAGGUUCAGACCUCUUUUUCGAGCAUACCAAGGGAAAUGGAGGCUCAGGCACAAACAUCCUUUCUUUCUUUGCGGUGUCCAACUCCAUUUGAAACAGAUGCCCACAUUCAAACCUCAUUUACUGAAUUACCAAGAGUACUGGAGGCUGAAGCCCAGGUGCAAACAUCCCUGCCUUCAUUACCUGGUGAAAGGGAGGCCCAGGUGCAAACUUCACUGCCUUCAUUACCUGGAGAAAGGGAGGCCCAGGUGCAAACUUCGCUGCCUUCAUUACCUGGAGAAAGGGAGGCCCAGGUGCAAACAUCACUGCCUUCAUUACCUGGAGAAAGGGAGGUCCUGGUGCAAACAUCCCUGCCUUCUUUGCCUGGAGAAAGAGUGGCUCAAGUGCAAACAUCAUUGCUUUCACUACCUAGUGAAAAGGAAGUUCAAGUGCAGACAUCAUUGCCUUCACUACCUGGUGAUAGGGAAGUGCAGGUGCAGACAUCGUUAUCCUCGUUACCUGGAGAAAGGGAAGUCCAGGUGCAGACAUCACUGCCUUUGUUAUCUGGAGAAAGGGAAGUCCAGGUGCAGACAUCACUGCCUUUGUUAUCUGCAAAAAGGGAAGUCCAGAUGCAGACAUCACUGCCUUUGUUAUCUGGAGAAAGGGAAGUCCAGAAGCUGAGGCCCAGGCCCAGACUUCAUUUAGUUCAUUGCCAGAAUGGAAGUCUUUGA